AUGGGCUUCCUCGCCUUCCUACAGAGGCGGCAAAGCGACAAGACGUCGCUUUCCAGCUCGCCGUCUACAGCCACCCUCCAGCGCAGCAACACUCCGUCAACAGCGACCAAAAUCCGUAGCCGAAGCGUCGCCGACCUACUAGGCAGCCAACACACAUACCAUCCACAACACGCCCACCAACGAAGCGAUUCACGAACAGCUACUCCCCAACCCACCCAGUGGACAAUUCCCGACUUUAGCCAGCAACGAGCAACCUCUUCACAGUCCCAUAUACUACUCUCACCGAAAACAAGCGGCAAGAGAGCCGGCGCUCCUGCCGUUCUCGGUCGGCACGUGGAUCUCCUCGACGCCCAGGGGCAGCUAGGCCCGUCCGACUUCAAGGCUCGGCUGCAGGCGGCCGGUUCGCGCGAAUACGGCGAGGACGUGGCCGAGCGCAAUAUUGGACAAAAUGGGCUCCUUUUGGGCAGUCCAGCCGUGCAGCGCUUCUACGCCACCCGCUCCCUUCACGUCUCACAGAGGCGCCACACCAGCGCCCCAAAGGUGCGCAAAUACGCCCCUGCAGACGUCAUCCACGAGCAGCCCGAGUAUGAGGACGCAGCCCACCGGCCCAGCUCGCCCUCCUCGAGCAUCUACACGGCUCGAUCGAUGCCCAUAACGCGGGCCCGGGUCACGUCCAUCUUUGACAGCCCCGUCUACACCGAGCAGUCGCCGCGGACAGGCCGCCGCGCCAGUGUCGCCACCCUGUCGUACAUUGGCCGCCCCCAGCGGCAACAAAGUACCGGCCGCGAGGAGACAGACACGGAGGAGAGCGAUGAUGCAUUUCCGCCCUCAAUUCCUCGCUUCCGCCGCAGCGAGCCCGAGUCGAGCACGGAGCGCCCAGUGUCCGUGCUGGGCUCCGUCCGCCGCGCGCGGCAGUCCGCCGACGUCUUGAGCGCGUACAACAUGGGUGCGCCGUCACAAAGGACCUUGCUGGACAAGGUGCAUAAUUGCAACGACGGUGGAGCGCGUCCCGCAUCUCGCGAGAGCUGCCGCUCCCCGGCGGCCCUGCUCGCACGGCCGGUUUCCAUCCGCGCCACCCUCCAGCCGCGGCCGAACCUGUCCGUCGAAAACAUGCUGCGCUGGCGGCAGACGCUGGGCGACGACGAGGCCGACGAUGACGCGGACCAGCGGUCCCUCGCGACCGAGCGCGCGACCGAGAGCCGCGCCUCGCAACGGCAGUGGUCCGUUACCUCGACAGAACCGACAGAGCGCUCCGACGUGUCCAGCGUGUGUCCCCGGCCCGCGAGCCGCGCUACCGUGACCACGUCGGUUGAUAUGCGGUCGCUGCUGGACCUCGACGAGCACUGCCCCGAGGAGGAGAACGACGACGACUGCUCCUCCAUCACCACCGACGGCUCCAACGUCGACGCCUUUGUGGCCAAGCGUCAGCGCCGCGCCGCGCCCGAGGACAAGGCGCUGCUGUUCAAAGAGUCGCAGUUUUUCAUCGGCACCCGUGCGCUGCCGGGCCUCUUUGACGACAACGACGCGACACCCGUGCCGCGUGCGCAGGACCCCCUCAAUGCGCAGCUGCAGCAGCCGCAGCAUGACGAGGCACCAGCGGCGCCGCGUCACAGCAGACGCCAGGAGACGCGCACGCCACCGCCGCUAGACAUGCUGAUUCCGGAAGACGCUCGGCCCAUGUCGCGGCUGGGCGAGUCGCCCAUCGGCCCCGAGGCGGCCUCUGGUGGCUGGCGGGGGUUAGAAGAACCCGCAGCCGAGGACGAGUCGUCGGUGACGGCGACACCCGAGUCGACGCCUGGCCCGUUUAUUCCGCGCAUGUACCUAAACCAGCGGCAACGACUGCUCGCGCUCGGCUUCGACUACGAUACCGAUGAAGAGGACACCGACCUAACUUCCCUCUCCGAUGAAGACGACGGCGCCGACGUGAUGACGCUCAAGGCCCGCGUCGCGGCUGCGCCUGUGCUGCGCCCGCAGCGCCUCAGCGUUAUCGUUGAGGCCCCGUCGGGCGACGACUCGGCGGUGCGGUGGCAACGCAAUGAUGCCAAGAGGAUCACGCCUCACGGCGCCGCGCGCCGUGUCGAUGCGCCGUUGGAGGAGGAGGGUAACCUAGCCGACGUGGAGUACUGA